AUGGGAAUAUGGCUGUUAGUUGAAGAGAUUAUGGGGAAAGCAGUUCGGAGCUCCAACAAAGAGAGUAUGCAAGUUAUGAACCCGAAUAAUGGAGGUGUUUCGGUAAUAGGAUCGUGCAAUGGUUUUCUUUAUGGGUUUGGUUAUGAUAGUGUGGCGGAUGACUAUAAGUUUGUUUGGGUUCUCCAAUUGAUUAGCCAAGAGACGGGUUUAUCUUAUAGUGAACUUCUGAUUUAUAGCUUGAAAUCUGACUCUUGGAUUAAGGUAUUUGAUGAUGUUCCUAUUCAUUUCUGUAGUCUUUGUGCUGGUGUAUUUCUGAAAGAACAUUUACAUUGGGUCAAUCUUACUAACUAUAAUCACACUCUACUUCCUAUAGUUAGCUUCAAUCUUAGUACCCAUGGUUUUGGUGAGGUGCCGGUGGCUGAGAUUGAAAUGUCUCCUGAUACUGUCAUGCAUGCGGAGGUGUUAGAUGGUUGUUUGUCUAUUUUUGUUGAUCAUGAGGAUAAUAUCGAGAUAUUUGUAAUGAAAGAAUAUGGGGUUUCCGAAUCAUGGACUAAGUUAUUUCGAAUUACAAAAGCUACAAUCUCCGAUACUAUAGAUAGGAUUAUUGCCUUUAACACACUGCUUGUGGAACUUUGUUAUUAUUGGGUGAAAACCUUGGUAAUGGAAGAUGUUAGCUCCGUUGAUUCACCUUGCACAAAAUACGAUCCUUGUGUACGUGUAGAGAACCUUCUUAUGUUGGACCAUUCUACUGACUUUCUCAAGAGGAGGAACGUACAAGAGGUGCACCUCAAAUGA